UAAGUGUUCCAAAUUGAUAUAUGACAAUAUCUACUUUCGAUCACGUGUCUAAGGGUGACUUAGACGGAUAGCGCGUCAUCUCGCCUUCCCAAAUUUUCCCCUUCUGCAGUUCGAAUCCAAAACAUCUAUCUAUAGAGCGAGUGAACGGGGAGAACGAUGUUUAACUCGGUCAAUCUGGGCAACUUCUGCUCCCAGACGCGAAAAGACAGGACUUCCGAGUUCGGGGAGCGAGCGGGCUGCGCCUCCAACCUCUACCUCCCCAGCUGCACCUACUACGUGCCUGAAUUUUCCGCCGUCUCCUCGUUUCUGCCACAGGCCCCAUCGCGGCAGAUUACCUACCCUUAUUCCACGAACCUCUCACAAGUGCAACCGGUUCGGGACGUAUCGUACGGUUUGGAUCCCUCGGGUAAAUGGCACCAUAGAGGAAACUAUGCAUCCUGCUACUCAGGGGAGGACCUGGUGCACAGAGACUGCCUUCCGCCAUCAUCCACCAUGACAGAAAUGCUGAUGAAGAACGAGAGCGUAUACAACCACCAUCACCACCAUCACCACCCGACCUCCAACCACCCGUCAACAGGCUUCUACUCCGGCGUGGGGAAGAACAAUGUACUGCCCCAAGGUUUUGACCGCUUUUUCGACAGCGCCCACUGCGGAACGGAAAACAGCUCCAUGGAGAACUGCUCGCAGAAGGGGAACGUAGGCAAGCCGGACUCGGCGUCUCAAGCGCCCAACACCUCGCAUGGCGCAGCGGACCCGGAAAAAGAUCCAGAGGAUGAAGAAGAAAACACAAACUCGGGUUCAUGCGCCUCUUCCUCGGGCACGAAAGACGACAGCAGCGCUAGCAAAAGCAGCCACUCCAGUACCCCUCGGACGAGGAAGAAGAGAUGUCCAUACAGCAAGUUUCAGAUCCGCGAACUUGAGCGAGAGUUCUUCUUUAAUGUGUAUAUCAACAAGGAGAAACGACUGCAGCUUUCCAGAAUGCUUAAUCUGACCGACCGGCAAGUCAAAAUCUGGUUCCAGAACCGCAGGAUGAAAGAGAAGAAAUUGAGCCGAGAUCGCUUGCAGUACUUUUCCGGCAACCCCUUAUUGUGAACCGUUAUGUCGAAUUAGCUAUGGAGAAUCGUAUUCAUCAUCAUUGAUUGUUCAGAUGAAUUCGUCCUUGGAUAAAGCUAGCGCCGACUUCAGCUAAAAAGCCAUGUAUGGUUGAAUGAGGGGACUGGAGGUGGUAAACAAGCCAAUCGAUUUAAGUUGUAUUUGUCGGCAUGUCUUUUGCUACAUACUUCAAGAUCCCAUUGGUCUUGCCUCUUGUAUUGAAAGAUCUUUAGACAUACGAUAGUAGGAAGACUGGUUGGUUGCGCGCAGGCAUUUUUCAGUGGGAGAAUUUGUGUAUAAACCUAGGCCUCUGUUAUAGUUGGCAUAACGGGUGAAAAGAUCGUUUAAGACGUGUCCAACUAUGUGAACAGUUUCUUGUUAUUUACCGAAUUGUAUGUCUCAAUUUUCUCUUCAAAAUGUAAAAUAAGACCAUUGUCUUCUACGAGCACACAGCCCUUUUCGUGUUUUUGUGGAUAAUUUCUACAAAAAUGAGGUGUGUUAGAGAGCCACAGAUUCAGCAGUGGCUCUUGUCAAAUUCCUCGCAGGACUGUGAUGACAUACUUUACGCUGUAAUGGUAAAGAGACUAUGCAAUUGUGUAGUUUUGAUUGUAAAUAUGUAUUUUAAUUUCAUAAUUACUUUUUAUCUCGUUGCCGAAUUGCUAUUUCUGCAAGAACUGAAAUUGUUUGGAAGAAUGUAAGGCUUAUUGUUCGGCGCCAUUGUAAGCUAAUUGUGUAAUGCUUGCUGUUUACAUGUUAUGCGAUUGAUGGGAGGAUAAAGUCGUUGCAUAUAUGCAUCAAAAUAAGAAUGUAUAAUACAAAAUAAACAAAUAUGCGAUUCUUAAAUUAA